AUCCCAGUUAUACUUGAUCUUAUUUGAUGGUGGCAUGUGCUUUUGCUGUCUCUCUUUAUUAGGGUAAAGCAAGCACCUUUAGCUCACCAAAUGAUAUGAAAACAAGUUUGAGUCCACUUUAGGACAAUGAUAUCUUUGCCUUGUUUUUUAAUUCCUUAUAUAAAUCAGGGAAUGAUGACAAGAAGGUAAUGCACUUGAGCUUCCAUUAAAGAAGCCAUGAUAGUCAUUAAUUCUUCACUUUGACCUGACCCUGAUUAAAUUUACCGUCUAAUAGUCAUAUUGAUGAAGCACAAUCAAGUUAUGCAAAAGUCGAGCUGACUUAUUAAUAUCAUCAGUAUAUUCAUGACACUAGCUUUGUUUUGAUAGCAAGAUCCAUCACACCAUUUCCUCCCCUCUCUGUAAUUAGUUAUGGCUUCCCUAUUGUAUAGACCACUGGAUCUUGUCAUAGUCAUCAUACUGGGCUCAUUCUUAGCUAUUGGAUUGACAAUAGAUUACAUUCAAACAUUCUACGGCUCAAUACAAAGUGAAGACGAUAUUGUUUAUGGGGUGUGGCCCCCUCCGCCAGUGUUGAAGUCUUAUGCAUGGUGGUGUUCAAAUGUCGAUACACUCUUGGCAGUUAAUCCAUCUUGGUAUAGCGUAAUGGCUGCUUUUAGCCCUUUUAUAUAUUGUCCUUUCUAUGUAGCAGCUAUUUAUGCUUUCAUAUUUGAAAAGGAAUGGAUUAGGAUUCCAGCAUUAAUGUGGGGAUGGGGUCUUCUUCUCACUAUGAUCAUUGUAGCUCAUGAGCAGCUGUAUGGACCACAUCCAGCAAAAGAUGUGACUCUGUUCUUUAUUGCUUAUGGGGCAUAUGCUGUAAUGCCAUUGGUCAUAAUGGGACGCGUUGCUAUGACACCACUGUUUCCAAAAUUAACACAAAUCAAGCCACCCAGCCCACAACAACGGUCUGGUGGUAAAAAGAAAAAGAAUUAAAUGAAUUUACUUUUUUGAUAAUGAUUUUUGAGCUGAUUAGAGAAUUGAUUGAUUAUAUAAUGUUUGUCCAAGCUUA